AUGCGCGACAUGAGCAGUACCUUCGAAUCUCUUCUCUAUCACACGUCAGCCCCUUUGACGAGCCUCGGUCGCGUGUUCCCCUACAUGUUGCCAGCCUAUUAUUUCGUCCGACUCAGAUAUUUUAUGAACAUGACGAGAAUCCCACAGGCGAUAACAUCGAAGUUCCAAACUUCGAGGGCUUCGGAUGGGGAGACCUCUUCCGUGAAGAUCGAAAAUUGCGUGGGCUUUACCAGAGUUCCACUUGGGGUUGCCGGUCCCUUGCAAGUGCAAGGCAGUGACGGCACCACGGGCUCAUUCUAUGGGCCUUUAGCAACGUGCGAGGCUACCUUGAUAGCGAGCUGCUCUCGCGGAUGUAAAGCACUUAAUAUGUGCCAGGGCGUUCGCUUCAAAAUUCUUCACGACUCUAUGUCCCGCGCUCCGGCGUUCUGGUUUGCCAACACUGAGGAUGCAGUGGCGUUUUUCGACCUGGUGCCUUCUUUACAGCCCAAAUUCAAGAAGGACGCCGAGUCAACAAGCAAACAUAUACGUCUGCGGACUGUUAUACCACAUAUUGUUGGUUCGAGUGUGCAUGUUCGUUUUGAAUAUCUAUGUGGAGAUGCUGCUGGACAGAAUAUGGUCACUAUUGCGACUCAACGCGUCUGUGAUCGCUUCUCCGCGUCGGCCGAGGCUCAUGCUUUACGAUUGCAGAGAAUCACCACCGACAAUCAAAUGAGCUCGGAUAAAAAGCUGGCGUGGGGAAAUAUCAUUCGGACUCGAGGUGUGAGAGUUCUGGUUUGGGGAAGUGUGAGCAACGAUGUUAGCAAACGAGUGCUGGGGUGCAGCACCGAGCUCUUAUACCAGUCUAUCCUCAACAGCAAAGAAGGUGCGGCGAUGAAUGGCCAGCUUGGAUACAGUGUCAACCCGUCCAAUGUUAUUGCUGCCAUGUUUAUAGCUUGUGGCCAGGACGCCGCGAGUGUGGCAGAAGCGGCGUGGAGCCAGCUGACAGCCGAAUAUGACGCCGAUACUAAACUGCUUCGCUUGAUUUCUUACUUCCCUUCACUUCCGGUUGGGGUUGUAGGAGGAGGAACCGCGUAUCCCACGCAAAGGGAAUCGCUGGAGAUCCUCGGCUGCAAUGUACCAGGAACUAAACACCGUCUUGCUGGUUUGAUCGCGUCGUUUUCCCUUGCAUUGGAUAUUAGCACCCUUGCUGCUCUAGCCACCCAGACAUUUUCAAGGAGCCAUGAGAAACUCGCAAGGGGAAGAUGGUCUCCGGAGACAAAGCUCUAG